GAGAGGGGAGGACACGGCGGCUUUUGAGCCAGACAGUGAGAAGUUAGAGGCUCGGGAUUUAGAGAACAGAGCAAACAAGCGGCUGUGGAUUUAUUUCGGAGUUCACUUAAAUUAAAACAAAGAACUAAAGAAGGGCGAAAAACGAGACGCAGCGCUGCGGGACCGAUAUCACCAAAUACGGUGACGCGGGGGCGUUAUCUUCACUUUAAAGCCGUGGGGUUUUUUCUAAUCCUGCCACGUUUGAGAUGGGCUGAGCGAACGCGGUCGUCCUCCUCCUGCCAGCGCGCACUCACGCGGCGGGACCGACGCAAACUCACCCAAGUUGCUCCAACUUGUGCGCCCUUUUGCGCGUCCUGCCUCCAGACCGCGGUCCUCCGGCGCGCCCCAGAUCCAGACCCAGAUCCAGACCCAGAUCCGGACCCAGAUCCAGACCCAGCUCCAGACCCAGAUCCAGACCCAGCUCCAGACCCAGACCCGGACCCAGCUCAGGACCCAGCCCCAGCAUGCUGGCCUGACGUCCGCAAUGGCAUCGGCGGUGUUUGAGGGCACGUCGCUGGUCAACAUGUUUGUCAGGGACUGCUGGGUCAACGGCAUCCGGAGGCUCAUCAUCAGCCAGCGCGGGGAGGAAGAGGAGUUCUUCGAGAUCAGGACCGAGUGGUCGGACAGAAACAUUUUAUACUUGCAUCGGAGUUACUCCGACCUGGGGCGACUGUUUAAGAGGCUGCUGGAGUCGUUCCCCGAGGACCGCAGAGACCUGUCCAAGUCUCCACUCAUAGAAGGGCUGGUGAAAAUCAAAGAGGCCAACGAUAUUGAGGAGAAACUGAACCAGGUGGAAAAGCUACUGAAGAAUGCCAUCAACAUGCCACGCAAGUAUUCCAGGUCAGAGGUGAUGUUGACAUUCUUCGAGCGGUCACCGCUGGACCAGGUGCUGAGGGAUGACAAAGUCCACAGGAUCCAGCCGUGCUUUCAGAGUCCAGUCAAGAUAUCGGAAAUCAUGCGGUCGAAUGGCUUCUGUCUGGCCAAUACAGAAACCAUUGUGUUUGAUGACAACGUCUCAGAGGAAAAGGAAAGACCUUCGUCCACGGACUCUGUAGAGCACACGUACGACGAUGGGACGGAGUUUUUGCCAAUGGAAACCGACAUGUGUGAUGAGGACCCAGAGGCCUAUGUCACCAACCUCUCCUACUACCAUCUGGUCCCAUUUGAAACCGACAUCCUGGAAUAAGGAACCAACAAGGAUCAUCUAACGCUAUCAGUGAGGAAUAUAUACUCUCAGAUGCUAAAGCAACUACUUGUUGGAUCACCAUCAUUGCCACUUUAUUGAUGCCACCAGUGUGCCUCAUCCACAGCCUGUCUUUGGUGUUGAAGUACGGAUACAUCUUUGGACUGAAGUGUCCGGUGAUGCAACACAACCUAUGGAAGCCACAGUGGAAGGCUGGCGUCUUUACCGGGGUUUUAAAAUGCUGCAUGGCCACUUUAAAGCCUAAACAUAAUGUGAUGGAUCAGUGACUGUAGUUUAGGUUGGCUGAAGUCAGACUUAUUGGGCCUUUUCCUGUUACCAGCAUUCACUCUCUUUUCGACUGACUGUGCACAAUUCAUCCUGUGGACCUUUGAGAUGUCGGCAGCCAUAUUAGGAAACAUUUGUUAUUGCAAUUUGUGCUUAUAACUGUCUUUUUCAAAGUGUUUUGGACAGUGAAAUGACCUUUUGACCUUUGUUUUCCUCUGCAGCUUGAAUAUAUUGCUUGAAUAUAUUAUUUUGUGGCUGCUGUGGUUGUUUAGUGUAAGAUCACUCUAAGAUCCAAGUGAAACUGAUACAAUGCUAAGAAUGUGAAAUAUAACCUAUCAGCUAAAUGAGUAAAAUGCUAGGCAUUUAAAGAUUUAGGACAAAUUCAAGCUUUAUUGAAGCUGCUGUUACAUAAAGCUACAACAAGUUCCACUUGGUUCUUGGAUUUCUGUCACAGCAUUUUAAUACAACACACUCUUUCCAACGUAAGAGUAGUCUAAAUAACAAAUUAUACUGUGUAGAGUGUAUUUUAUAUUUUAAGCAUAUCAUUUAAUGUAUUAAAGAGACUGUGUGUCAUUAAGCUCAUAACUGAAUCAUCUUACAACUUGUGUUUCCAUCUGAUGAGCGAUAACAUACGGCAAAGAAAGCUUUGUUUAUGGGUCGGUUGAGGUCAUAGACCCGUCCUGUAAGAUGACGUGAGUGGGUUCAGCAGGACAGCUGACUACAGUCUGUGUGAAUGUGGGAGUCCACAGUUAGUGAGAGAAGAACAAGCCCAGCCUUUAUUUAAAGAGACAAACAGCCACGCUGUACUGAGAACCUCCUUAAAGGAAAGUUGUGCAAACACAUUCAUGCCUUUUGUGUUAGUUAUGGGUUCUCCUGCCAAAGCAUAGAACUCGGAACAUAAAUUUCUUAAUGCGACUUAGGCAGAUUUAUUUUUCUAACAGUUUUCGAUGCAGGAGUCAGUGUAAAUGCAGACUUACAGCUUUUGUCCUGUUUUCUCUGAAGUACAAAGGCAUCCAGGCCUCACAGAGUUGGCUCACAGGACUCCAACAGGACGGUCCUCCGCAUGAGUCUAUUUAGUAACACAGUCAUGAUCACUAUUCACCCCGUGAGAAAGUACAGCGCUUUCUCAGGGUGCGCAACUAUUUCACACUCACUCCUUUCUCUCAGAAUGACGCCGUGAGUUGAUGGAUGUGUUGUGGACAGAGAGGAUUCAGUUGGCAAACCUAAAGGCUUUGAUUAAUAUGAUUCAAUAAUAAGAAACUGGAAUUUGUAAUUUUAACUUUCUAACCACGGUCGACUUCUCUCUGCUUGAUGCUGAUAUUUAAAGAUCAAAGAGAAUUAAAACCUCUCCAUCUCCUUUAAGCUUAGGCAGCAGGUGCUUUAUAAAUAUUCUGCCACAUUGUCAAUGAUGUUAAGACUUAACUGGUACUAAAAUUAUAAAGUGGCCACGGUGGUACUGCACCAGUCUUUGACAGCCACAAACAAGAGGAUUCAGAAGGAGGAAAUGAUAUUAUUUUUAUAUUUGUAGACAGAUGUUUUGUUGGAAAUGAUUUUUUAAACGUAAGCCACUUUCUACAAAGGUAACCAGCCAAUGCCUUUAACGUUUAUGUGCGAUGGUGUGUUAAUUUGUUCAAAUGAUUGAAUGGAUGGAAAAAAUGUCUUAAUUAUUAACCUUAAAAAUGAAAUAUAUUAAGCAAAAUGUUUUAUAACUUCAAAGCUACACUCACAGUAUUCCUGUACAUGCAAACUGUUAUUUUCAACAUUUCUAAAAAGAAAUAAAUCUGUUUUCAGUGAAA